AUCUUGUAUCUUGUUGUUAUCUUUGACAUUAAAUAUCAUGAGUAUACUAGGUGUGUGUGUGUGUGUGUGUGUGUGUGUGUGUGUGCGGUGCAUGUGUGUCUCACAGAGUUAUGGGUGGUAGAGUUGUGUCUUUCCUGAAAGGAAGUUACAACAAACAUGAUAUUACAAAAUUGAUCAUUGACUCACUCCCUGGAGGACAAUUACCACCACUUUGCUAUCGAUCGUCAGCAGAGUGGAGUAAAUGCAACGACAAGAUUAACUGAAGACGGAUCAAAAUGAUGUUUCAAGAAUCAGUUGAUAGGAGACAAAGCCUGCGUCGCAUCGUGCUGUUAGCUGCGUUCGUUGUAUUUGUCCAAGAGCUGAGCAGCGGAGGAGGAGCGCAGGCAUGGACCUACAGCUACGACACCACUAUGCGCCGGACAUGGGUUCAGGCCCGCCAGUGGUGCAAGGAUAACUCCACAGAGAUGGUGCAAAGCCGGAUCCAGGAGGAGAGUGUUUUCCUCAACGAUUUUCUGCCACCUUACCCAACACAUUACUGGCUAGGCAUACACAGACUGAGUACAGAGUUCAUCUUUGAAGAAACCAAUGAGACGGUGCCCGAAGAUGCUUUGAAUUGGGCGUCAGGGGAGCCAGAUAGCAAAUUGUUUCAGGACUGUGUUGAGAUUUACAUUAAGAGGGAGACUGACACAGCCAAGUGGAACAACGAGAACUGUCGUAGGAGGAAGGCAACCGUCUGCUACACUGCUUCCUGUAAACAGGAUUCCUGCAGUGACAAUGCCGACUGUGUGGAGACCAUAGGGAACUAUACCUGCCAGUGCCAUCCUGGUUUCCUGGGGUCACGCUGUGAAGAGGCAAUUGCAUGCGAACCCUUGCUGGAUCCAGAACAAGGUUCUCACUACUGUUUGCAAUCCUAUGGGUCCGAUCGUUUCAACUCUUCCUGUCGUUUCCACUGUGCACUUGGCUUUCACAUAGCAGGCGAGCCCCAGCUGCUCUGCCAAGCCAGCGGACGUUGGAGCCACCCUGUUCCUCUGUGUCAAGUUGAACAGUGUCCAGUUCUGGACCGCAGCAACAUCAGUGCAGGCCGUAUAAACUGCAGCCACCCCAUUGCACUGUACAGCUACAACUCCUCCUGUGAGGUCAGGUGUGAUGAAGGCUUUGAGCCCAGUGCACCGGACCAAAUACUUUGUGACCACAUCGGCCAGUGGACCGCCAGUGUCCCAACAUGUGGAGCUAAGAGAUGUCCCACCCUGAACUCCUCCUCUCAUGGCUCCUUCGUCUGCUCUGAUCCUCAUGAAGAGUUCAGUUUUGGAUCUCGGUGCACAUCAAGCUGUGAGGAGGGUUUUGUCUUGAAUGGGACGGUGGACACAGAGUGCACCUCUCUGGGCAAUUGGAGCGCAGACAUCCCAAGUUGCUUCGCUAAGAGAUGUCCCACCCUGAACUCCUCCUCUCAUGGCUCCUUCGUCUGCUCUGAUCCUCAUGAAGAGUUCAGUUUUGGUUCUCGGUGCACAUCAAGCUGUGAGGAGGGUUUUGUCCUGAAUGGGACAGCAGACACAGAGUGCACCUCUCUGGGCAAUUGGAGCGCAGACAUCCCAACUUGCUUUGCUAAGAGAUGUCCCACCCUGAACUCCUCCUCUCAUGGCUCCUUCGUCUGCUCUGAUCCUCAUGAAGAGUUCAGUUUUGGAACUCGGUGCACAUCAAGCUGUGAGGAGGGUUUUGUCCUGAAUGGGACGGCAGACACAGAGUGCACCUCUCUGGGCAAUUGGAGCGCAGACAUCCCAACUUGCUUUGCUAAGAGAUGUCCCACCCUGAACUCCUCCUCUCAUGGCUCCUUCGUCUGCUCUGAUCCUCAUGAAGAGUUCAGUUUUGGAUCUCGGUGCACAUCAACCUGUGAGGAGGGUUUUGUCCUGAAUGGGACGGCAGACACAGAGUGCACCUCUCUGGGCAAUUGGAGCGCAGACAUCCCAACUUGCUUCGCUAAGAGAUGUCCCACCCUGAACUCCUCCUCUCAUGGCUCCUUCGUCUGCUCUGAUCCUCAUGAAGAGUUCAGUUUUGGUUCUCGGUGCACAUCAAGCUGUGAGGAGGGUUUUGUCCUGAAUGGGACAGCAGACACAGAGUGCACCUCUCUGGGCAAUUGGAGCACAGACAUCCCAACUUGCUUUGCUAAGAGAUGUCCCACCCUGAACUCCUCCUCUCAUGGCUCCUUCGUCUGCUCUGAUCCUCAUGAAGAGUUCAGUUUUGGUUCUCGGUGCACAUCAAGCUGUGAGGAGGGUUUUGUCCUGAAUGGGACGGCAGACACAGAGUGCACCUCUCUGGGCAAUUGGAGCGCAGACAUCCCAACUUGCUUUGCUAAGAGAUGUCCCACCCUGAACUCCUCCUUUCAUGGCUCCUUCGUCUGCUCUGAUCCUCAUGAAGAGUUCAGUUUUGGAACUCGGUGCACAUCAAGCUGUGAGGAGGGUUUUGUCCUGAAUGGGACGGCAGACACAGAGUGCACCUCUCUGGGCAAUUGGAGCGCAGACAUCCCAACUUGCUUUGCUAAGAGAUGUCCCACCCUGAACUCCUCUUCUCAUGGCUCCUUCGUCUGCUCUGAUCCUCAUGAAGAGUUCAGUUUUGGAUCUCGGUGCACAUCAACCUGUGAGGAGGGUUUUGUCUUGAAUGGGACGGUGGACACAGAGUGCACCUCUCUGGGCAAUUGGAGCGCAGACGUCCCAACUUGCUUUGCUAAGAGAUGUCCCACCCUGAACUCCUCCUCUCAUGGCUCCUUCGUCUGCUCUGAUCCUCAUGAAGAGUUCAGUUUUGGAUCUCGGUGCACAUCAAGCUGUGAGGAGGGUUUUGUCUUGAAUGGGACGGCAGACACAGAGUGCGCCUCUGUGGGCAAUUGGAGCGCAGACGUCCCAACUUGCUUUGCUAAGAGAUGUACCACCCUGAACUCCUCCUCUCAUGGCUCCUUCGUCUGCUCUGAUCCUCAUGAAGAGUUCAGUUUUGGAUCUCGGUGCACAUCAAGCUGUGAGGAGGGUUUUGUCUUGAAUGGGACGGCAGACACAGAGUGCACCUCUCUGGGCAAUUGGAGCGCAGACGUCCCAACUUGCUUUGCUAAGAGAUGUCCCACCCUGAACUCCUCCUCUCAUGGCUCCUUCGUCUGCUCUGAUCCUCAUGAAGAGUUCAGUUUUGGAUCUCGGUGCACAUCAAGCUGUGAGGAGGGUUUUGUCCUGAAUGGGACGGCAGACACAGAGUGCACCUCUCUGGGCACAUGGACUGCAGACAUCCCAACUUGCUUCGCUAAGAGAUGUCCCACCCUGAACUCCUCCUCUCAUGGCUCCUUCGUCUGCUCUGAUCCUCAUGAAGAGUUCAGUUUUGGAUCUCGGUGCACAUCAAGCUGUGAGGAGGGUUUUGUCCUGAAUGGGACGGUGGACACAGAGUGCACCUCUCUGGGCAUGUGGAGCAGAGAAUUACCCCACUGUCUGGCGCGACCAUGCCCCCUUGUGGCCAACGCUUCGCCACAUGGCAGGGUGAACUGCAGCCAUCCGUUCUCUCGUUUCAGCUAUGGCUCCCACUGUGACUUUAAAUGUAAUGAGGGCUUCUUCCUGAGAGGAACACCAACUCUGACAUGCAAUAACUCAGGCCGCUGGAGUCAGGAUCUGCCCACCUGCCAGCCCCUACAGUGUGAGGAUAUCCGUGCCUCUUUAUCCCUGUCUGUGAACUGCUCACAUCCUCUGGGGAACUUCAGCUUUGGCUCUCAGUGUCUUUUCACCUGUGAAGAGGGAUUCUCCCUGUACGGCACAGAGGUGCUGUUUUGCUCCUCCACUGGGUCUUGGAAUGACAGCCUGCCUAUCUGCACGGAAAAUAUGGGAACUGGGACUGCCAUGAUGCAGUCUUCAGGUGUAAAAGCAGCCUACAUUGUCGGGCCACUGGUCCUGAUAGGACUGGCUUUGUUGCUUAUAAUACUAUUCAAGAAAAGAGGGAAUCCCAACAUGUCUGAAGCACCAGCAUGGGGAGUCAGAGACAAUCCAGCAUUUGAUUUUGAGUCUUGAUUUUUGCAGCAAAAUCAUUUCAAAUACUGCAGCCUCAUGCUUGCUCUUAUUAUAUGUAAGUGUGGUUUGUGUACGAUACUGGUACUAAAACAUUACAGUAGGAUUAGAGCUUUGCAUUAAUACUUACACAAAGUAAAGUGUGUGUGCAUCACCUGCUUUGUGUUUUUGCUUGAUUGCUUGAUUGCUUGAUCAAUAAACUAUCAAACAAUU